AUGCUUAUUUUCCUUCUUCAGUUUUUUUAUAUUGAACAAAUACCAUUUGUUAGUAAAUUAUUGAACAAAUACACAGUACUAACAACGGAGUUCAAUAUAACAUCGUUAAAUGGAACUUAUUAUUCACAAUGCCAAAUUCAACGAAGCGUCGGCUCCAUUUAUGCUAUUAAAAACGAGGAAAAUCAUUUAUUUGAUGUAUCGAUUGAUCCAAAUGUCAUUGAUUCACGUCAUUUUUUCCACUUACUUCGAUCAAAAAACAUCUCUUGUACAAUUUCAAAAAACAAGAUUGGUAAAUAUCACAUUAUUCAGAAUGAGCAGCCAAAUUCAAUAAACAUCGAAAAUACAGAAUUAAAAUUUAUCAAAAACCCAUUUUCAGUCAAUGUUAUGACAGUAGGCUUCUAUCCACAUGAUAUUUGUCCUUCAGUAACACCAUUUACAUAUUCUACAGGCUUAUUUUACUUAGCAACAGCAAUUUUAUUUAUUAUUGUUGCCAUUUACAUCCAAAGUUUUAAGAAUGUUUCAUCCGAUCAUCCACGUUGGUUCAUCUCUAACGAUGAGAAGAUCAAUUACAAAUUUUACGAAGAAGGAGACAACAUUGAAACGUUUUUCUUGACACGAUCACUUUUCAUGAGCCGUCAGACUGGAUUAAAAGACUCCGCAGUUGGCAGACUGUUCCGUGGCGAGCAAAGUCAAACAUUUGAACGAAUUGCUACAAUUCCAAUCAAUGAUAAGUACAGACUUCAACUUUACUGGCUAGAAACACCAGAUCCACCAUCAACACCCAACUUAGAAGUCAAAUUUACUAGUGAUGAAUUACAAAUCCACGGAAAACCACAGAUCUCUUUCUCAUCAUUCAGAAGCUUCCGUCCUAUCACAUUAGAUUUCACAUUAUCAUACAAUGUCCGUGGCAAGAUCGAGAUUCCGUCCGAAUUCAUUGCUCCAUUCCAACCAUUUGGUCAAUUAGUUACAAAUGCUAACCACAUCCUUAAGAAAGUCUCGGAAAUCUUCAAGAACACUGCAUUUUUGAGAUCUAAGUUCUCCGAUAUCAUGGUUGAGCUUUGUAAAAUCUUAAAUUGCAAAGCAAUUUACGCCGUUAACCAAGAUAACCUCAUUAUCACUAAUUAUUCUCAGAAUCCAUCCGACCUUCUUUCCGAUUCCGAAAUCUAUGAAAUGGUCGGUAAAAUUCCUUCAGAUUCUCCUAUUCAUUAUUAUACUAGGGAUUUAUUACCUGGCCAUGACUUUUGCUAUGUAUCCCAUUACAAUGAUAAUUUCUAUAAGCUUGAUUGUGUCUUAGUUUUUAAUUCAGAGCCAGUCAACAAAUUAUUCAAAGAAUUAGGUGUUCGAAUUCUUAUGGAAUCAUGUUUAUUUGUUCACCGCUUCAUUAUUACUAAGGAACAUUCACUUCGAUUCCAACAUAUCAUUGAUUUGUUGACAAAUUCCAAAUCGUUUGUUUUUGCAGAGCUUCUUGAUGAUGGCACACCAAUCUUAUACAAGACAUCAUUCAAACAGAACUCAUUCACAUCACUUCCCAUCCUUCCAAGUCGAGAUAUCAUCCAUGACGAUAUUGAACUGAAGCAAUACACAGAGUUACUUGAUAAAGUCAAGAAAGAUAACUCAUUCAUCAGGAAAUUCAGUUACCAUGUUGUUGAAACAAAUAAUGGUAGUGAAAUUCCACGAUGUCUUGCUGUUUCGGCAGUUUGUAACUACGACACAGUCAUUGGUUCACAAAUCACAACUAUUUAUGCUGAAGAAAUCUCUACAAUUAAACAACAAAAAUCAGAUUUAAUUUCUGCAUUAAACGAUUUGAGUAUUGCAAACAAAGUCCUUGGUCUUUACAAGUUCAACAUUGAAGGCAACAACCUUGUUUUAACAGACAAUCGCAUGUUAAUUGAUAUUAGAUUUGACUCUAAUCAAUCAUUAACAUUGAACAGUAUCAUUCAUCCCGAUGACCUUUUGCAAAUCGAAGAUCUUCUUGAUGGUCAGAAAGUUAUUUUCCGAAUUCAAACACCAACUUCAUUGAUCUGGUAUUCUGCUAUUUCCAACAAAAUCAGUGGUUUCUUGUUCUGUGUUAACUAUCUUCUUGACGAAAAAGGUGUUCAAUCUAAUAAGGAUCUUGAAUGUGAAAUUCCAGAGUUACAACUUUGGGGUGUUGAUAUUAGAACUAUGAAAGUUUUCAAAUUGUAUGAUUUACCAACUAUUUGGGAUAUCCUUUGUAUUCCUAAAGAAACAGAAUUUACAUAUUUCAUCAAUUUCAUCCACGAAGAAAACCGAUCUGCAUACGCAUACCAAUAUCAACGUAUCUUGCAAGGUUCUAAACAAAACAUCACCGAAGAGUACAUGUUCAACCGCUGUAAUUGCGAAUUUGACUGGGUUCGAUUGACAAUGUUCCGUAAAGAAGAGAAUAUCAUCUGCAUCAUGACAAAUAUCAAUUCCAUCAAAGAUAGUGAAAACAAAGACAUGGAAUCGUUUGCAGAACGAAAUUCAUUCUUCUUGAACGCACGAAUGAUGCCAUGGGUUUUCGAGAACCGUAUGGAUGAGCUUCAGAACCGUCUUACAUCAUUUGAACCCGGUAUUUCUAAGCUUUUGACUAUGAAUUGGUGGUUUAUCGACCAUUUUGUUGAAAACAAAGAAGAAGUUUGUGCUGUUAUCGAAAACAUGCAUGAGAAGAUCGGUAAGUUCCAUAUGGUUUGUCGUCUUAAUUUCGAGAAUUCUGUUUCUAUUUUAAUCAAUGGUGAACACAAGCGUAACGGCACUACAUUGACCGGUUUCUGCAUCGAAAUCAAUUCUAUCUUUAAGAGCUGGAGUGACUUAGUUCGUAAAUACGACAGUCUUCGUGUUAGUCACCAGAAAAACGAAAGCGACGACAAAAACAGCAAACAUGAAAUCUUAUCUAUCUUCAAUGACAUCUUCUGCAGUGUUGAUCUUAUGUCUCUUGACAAAUCUAAUAAUAAUGAAUUUUACAUUUUAGAUUCAUUCCAAUUUGUUUUGAGUCAUUUACUUGAUAUUUACAACAACCAGACAGAAGACAUCAAAUAUCAAACAGACAAAUCAACAAGUGAACUUGAUUUGCUUGACAUCUUUGAACGUUUGUUAAUUCCUAUUGACAAAGUAUUCAUUAAACACGGCAUUGAACUUGAUGUCACGGUUGAAAACAUCUUCCCUUCUCUUUGCAUUAUUAAUUCUGUUGUUGUUUCAUCAUCAUUCAUUCUUGUUCUUAUUUACGCAGCUAACAACUGCAAAGACAAAAUCUGUCAUGUUAAACUUAGCUUCAGCGAACCAAAUGCAACUGUGCGAAUCAUAUAUCAUGGAGAUGUUUAUCCAACAGUCAAACUUGUUAACCCUCUUCACGUCGAAUACACUAUUAACAAACAGAAAGAAGUCGAAAUCACCGUUAUUCUCCCAGCUAAGACAGUCAGUCUCUAUUCAUCACUUGAUAACAAUAUUCAAUCUGUUAUUGCCGUUGAAAAUCAAACACUGUCUAAUCAACUUCGAAUGUAUCUUCACAACAUCAAUGUCAUUACUACAGAUCUUGAUCACAUUGACAGUCAUGUUUCAUAUCUUUUCUAUGAUUAUGAAAACGAAUCUAAAGUAUACGAAAAACUUAGUAAAAAUAAUCAAAUUAAAUUAUGUCAUAUUAGUCGAACAUUUAAAGAUGAUCAUUGUGUUCAUGGUCCAUUGAUUUGUUCACAAGUUAUGCGAUUUCUGAAUCAAAACAUCAAUAUUCGAAUUCCUAAUGAUAAAACACAGUUUGAAUCUCUUCACAAACACAUCUUAGUUGUUGAAGACAACAAAACAAACCAAAUUGUUCUUCUUAAGAUUCUUGAUUUUCUUGGUUGCAGUCAUCAAGUUGCUAACACCGGCGAAGAAGCACUUCGUCUUUUAGAAGACAACAACGAAAAUGUUACCUCAGAUUUUAGUAAAACUAAUUUCGACAUUAUCAUCAUGGACAUGCGUUUGCCUGUUUUAGACGGUAUCCAGACAUCACGUAUCAUCCGUAAGAGCAACAAAUGGUACUCUAACAUUUAUAUCAUCGGUAUCUCAGCUGCUCUUUCAUCCAAAUCAGAUUGUUUGAACUCCGGCAUGAACAUUUUUGUUCCUAAACCAAUCCGAAUCGAAACUCUUCGAAAUGCAAUUUCUCAAUCAUUUUAA